GAAACCACCAUGUCUAAUAUCGACCAUUCCUCGGACACGAUCUUUCCGCCGGAGCUCGAAUGUGUGAUCUUCAAGCUUGCGGCGGCGCAGGAUCGGGGGAGCAUACCGCGGCUGAUGCUCGUCGCUUGGCGGGUGAAAGAAUGGAUCGAGCCGCUGCUGUACCAGCCGCUCGUUUUCGAUAGCCAAACGACCCGCGACAACAACCUUGGGCCCGCCUUCCCGUUCGAGCGGCUGCCCCAGCUUAGUCCCAAUGCUGCGGCCGGCGUGAAAAGCAGCAUGAUCAGCAUAUUCCCUGCUGCGUCCGUCCUGGCCAUCCUGGAGAAGCUGCCGUCCCUCGAAAAUGUGUUCCUCUCCGUCGCGGAGAAGCUCUACACCGACGCCGAGCCUCUCCCUGCGGCAUUCACGCGGCUGCGCUUCCGCCAUCUGUACUGCGCGCUCGGGGACAUCCUUUCCCUCCCGGCGCUGGACUCCCUCGCGUACAACUGCUUCGCGGGCCUCACGCACCUCGAGCUCUUCUCCGAGCCCCCCAGCUGGCGCGCGGCCACCGCGCCCUGGCCGGCGACCCGCAACUCGUGGGCGCUCAUCGCCGCGCUGCCCCGCCUCACGCACUUUGCGCUGAACAACGUCUAUCCCGGCAGUCUGGUCGCGUUCCUCCUGUCCGCGUGCGCGCGCCUCACGUGCCUCGUUAUCCUCAGCGUCGCGGCGCGGGCCGGGCGGUACACGCCGGCCGUCGCGCAUGACCCGCGGUUCGUGGUCAUGCGCCCGGGCUUCGUCGGCGGCUACCUCCGGGACUGGGUCAGCGGGGCGCAGGGCGCGCCCGACUACUGGGCGCGCGCGGAUGCCUUUAUCGCGGGGCGCCGGGCGCGGCAGGGGACGGGCGGCGAAGCAGAUGAUACGUUCAUUUAUCCGGACGAGCCGGAGUCCGAGGCGUCUGACUCGGAGUGA